AUGAUAGACCAGGCCCGCAUCUGGACGGCUCUCAUGACUACUGCGGGACUCAUCUUGGCUACUAGGAUUCUUUAUCGUUUAUAUUUCCAUCCUCUGGCAAAGAUACCUGGCCCUAAACUAGCCGCCGCUACACAUCUUCUGGAGUUCUACUAUGAUGUGAUUCUUGGAGGUCAAUUCGUAUUUCAAGUCGAGAGAAUGCAUCGGAAAUACGGCCCUAUUGUGCGUAUCAAUCCAAAAGAGGUCCAUAUCAUUGAUCCCACCUUCUAUAACGAAAUAUAUGCAGCAGGGGCUCGAAAGCGUGAUAAGUAUAAGGGGUUUGUGCGCUCUCUCGCUGCCGACGAGUCUACUGUCUCGACCGUGGGCUCUGAAAAGCACCGAUUCCGACGCGGCAUCCUUCAGAAUUUCUUCUCCAAGCGGUCUGUCAUGGAAUUUUCGUCCGCAAUUAGUGAGAGGGUAGAGAAGCUGAUGCGACGCCUGGAUGAAUUCGAGAAGACCCAGACCGUAGUGGCUCUUGAUGAGGUAUUCUCAGCAUUGACCUCCGAUAUGAUUACUUAUAUCUGCUAUGGGAAAGAUUGGAAAUUCCUAGACCAAGAGGAUUUUAAUUGCGACAUUCACCAGGCGGGUGUGGAUUUCGCGAAGUUCUUCCAUAUUAACCGAUUUUUCCCAUGGAUUUUCAUGACACUGCGAGCACUGUCUCCACGAAUGUUAGCAUUCCUCAUACCCGGUCGAGCGGCAACAUUUAAAUUCCAGGAAUCUCUCCUAAAGCAUGCUAUCCAAAUAGCAGAGAACGAGCAAUCUAAUGUCGCCCGCAAAGAAAUUGAAAAGCCUGGUCCGAAUAUAAUCUCCAACCUAGUCGAUUCAUCUAUACCAUAUAUGGAACGGAGUCGUCGGCGUCUGGAGGAUGAAGUCAUCACGAUUCUUGUCGCUGGAACAGAAGCACCCGUAAAAGUUCUAUCCAUGGCUAUGUACUACCUUGGUAGCGAACCGGCUAUUGGUGAGAAAUUACGGGCUGAAUUGAAAACUGUCCUACCGACACGUACCAGCACUGCCACAUAUGCAGAACUAGAAAAGCUGCCAUAUCUACAUGGCUUUAUCUAUGAAUCAUUGCGCAUAUCGGACUCAGUUAUUGCACGGUUCCCUCGAAUAGCGCCAACAGAAACACUCCGAUACAAAGACCAUGUUCUCCCUCCAGGCACCCCAAUGAGCUGUUCUUCUUACUUUAUCUCUCGCAACCACGAUAUCUUUCCUAGCCCCCAUAAGUUCGACCCCGAGAGAUGGAUCCGUGCAGCGGAGAAGGGUGAGAAUCUAACACAGCAUCUCACGGCGUUUACCAAGGGGAGCCGAGUUUGCCUUGGAAUGAAUUUAACCAUGGCCGAGUUGUACUUGACUAUUGCCCAUAUGUGCCGUCGGUACCAUAUACAUCUGUACAACACUGAGCCAGAAGACGUAUGUAUGACGAGCGAUCUUCUUGCUGGAUAUACACGACGGGGCGUCCUGAAAGUAUAUGUCAAGCUCAGGGCUGUGAGGGAGUAA